AUGCGAAAUUUAGGUGAUGGUCUUGAUUAUGUGGGGGAAGAAGAAGACGUAAGAUACCGCGUGGUUCUGGUUCUCGAGAGAUAUCUUCAAGCAGAGGACCUCCUCCAGGAAGUGGGCGCUGCUUCAACUGUGGACUUGAUGGACACUGGGCUAGAGAUUGCAUUGCUGGUGACUGGAAGAACAAAUGUUAUCGAUGUGGGGAUAGAGGUCACAUUGAGAGGAACUGCAAGAACAGUCCCAAGAAGCUCAAGUACGUACCAUUGCACCCUGACCUUUACUCGCGUUAUGAUGCUCUCUAGACAGAUUCUCUUGUGUGUCUGUAAACAGAUUCUUAUGUGUCUGAUUGUAGAUAAAAACUUUUGUUGA